UCAUGCUGCUGCCAGGUCCAGAGUCUCUCAUGGGUCCCUGUACGGCCUCCCAUUGCUGCUGUCUCCAUCGCCACACUCUGCCAUGUGCCACUUUCAGGUCUCCUCACACACUGCUGGGUUCCAUUUUGUCAUAGGGUGCUGGCAGAUUACGGGCAUCCCAUUGCUGCUGCCAGGCCCCUAAUCUGCCAUGGGCCCCUGUACCGCCUCCUCAUGCUGCUGCCAGGUCCAGAGUCUCUCAUGGGUCCCUGUACGGCCUCCCAUUGCUGCUGUCUCCAUCGCCACACUCUGCCAUGUGCCACUUUCAGGUCUCCUCACACACUGCUGGUGUGUUGAAUUUUUUGAC